UGAGCAUUCGAGCAAAAUUAAUUAAGAUUUUGGACUGGACCCGUCAUCGAUAGGCCUUGGCGGAUUAUGCCAGCAUAAUUUUGAGCAUAAUAGGGCCCAAAAGCAUAAGCAUAAUGUAAGCAUAAUAGGGCUAUAAAAGAAAAUUUUGAAAGAAUACAUUGAGAAAUGCAAUAAACAGGCACUUGCACUCAAUAAUUUUACUGUUUUUAUAUUUAAACAGCUACUAUUGCUCACAAUAUACUUUAAGAACUUCAUAAUUGAAUUACUGGGUCACAUUUCUGGGUGGGGCUAAGUUAUUAUAAUGAAAUUCAUAGGCAUAAUUGGGAGCAUAAUAGCUGAUUGAUAGAGCAUAAUAGAGCUGUUUCCUGAGAAUUGCAGCAUAGCAUAAUAGAGCAAUUUUAGAGCAUAAUCCGCCAAACCCUAGUCAUCGACCCAUAACCAUUUAUGAAUGAAGACUGUGAAGCUCAAGCUGUAUUGAUUGAGACUCCAGUUGCUGCUGUUCCUCAGGUCUUGAAGAGGAUUCGUGCCGGCUGGAUUCCGCAAGAAGAGACAAACCGUUGGAGUGAUUUUGAGCAGAAGCAGCACGCCCUCUCUCAGCUCAAGGCUCUCCAGAGACUUAUCCAAGAGAACCUAGAUCAAAAUGAAUUUGAGUCAAUAGCGGGAGAAUGCAAUGGUAGUCCUUGCCGACAUUAUUGAAGCUAUAAGAGACUUUCACAAGUGGACCGCCCCCCAAUAUGUCGCUAAGGGCAUGGCUAACAUGAUGGACGAUUGCUACAUGAAACCAGAUCUUCUUGGAGUUGGUCUUAUCAUUGGAGCUUGGAAUUAUCCGUUCCACUUGGUCAUGCUACCUCUAGUUGGAGCUAUUGCAGCUGGGAAUGCUAUCAUUGUAAAACCCUCAGAGCUGUCCAUAAACACUUCCAAUCUAGUGUAUGACCUUAUUCCAAAGUACCUAGACAAUGAUUUUUAUGCAGUUGUUACUGGAGGAGCUGAUGUAGCCCAGUGCCUCUUAAAGGAGAGAUUUGAUCACAUAUUCUAUACAGGAAGUACUCACGUUGGCAAGAUUGUAAUGAAAGCAGCUGCAGAGCAUUUGACACCUGUAAUGUUAGAACUUGGAGGGAAAAGUCCUGUUAUUGUUGCUGAUGAUGCUAACAUUGAAGUUGCUGCCCGAAGAAUCAUGUGGGGCAAACUAACCAACGCAGGUCAAAUUUGCAUUGCUCCCGACUAUGUGCUGUGCUCGGAGAGUAUUCGUGAUCGGUUUGUUGACAGCUGUAAAAAAGCAGCAGAGCAGUUCUAUGGAAAGGAUCCUUCAAAAUCUCCAGAUUAUGCUUGCAUUAUUAAUACAAGACACUUCAAGCGUAUCACUGGUCUUAUGGAAGCAACAAAAGCUACCUGUGUCUCUAAAGUAGUCACUGAUGAGGACCAGAGAUACAUAUCGCCUGCUUUGUAUGUUGGAGUGACAGAGGAUGAUCCCCUUAUGAAGGAAGAGAUAUUUGGUCCACUCCUUCCAGUAUUGACAGUAUCAAGCAUUGAUGAAGCUGUCCAAUUUACUAUGAGAGAGAGAAGCCGCUGUCUUUCUAUGUAUUCACCGAAAACAGCAAGACUUUUCAUUACAUAUCAAGUCGCACUAGCAGCGGCUCUCUUGUUCAAAAUACUGUCCUCUUUCAAAUUGGAGUUAAUACUCUUCCAUUUGGCGGUGUCGGUAACAGUGGUAUAGGAGCUUACCACGGCAAGCACACCUUCAAUACAUACUCACACAUGAAACCAAUUCUAAGGACUGGAACCAAAAUGGACUUUCUGCUAAAGGUGAUCUAUCCACCACACAACAAGUCAAAGAUAAAGCAGUUUAACUUCAUCCAGCUGCCCUCAUCCCACCAAUGGAGUCUUCGGCCUUAUCUUAUAAUUCUACUUGUAGUCAUGAUAGCAGCUACUGUUAAGGUUUACGGACUGCCCAGUUAUAUGUAUAAGUUCUUCUGAUCCAGUGAUACAAUUUUUAAAAUGCAAUUUUGUAUACUUUGCUAUUGAAACCUAAUAUAUGAUGUUGUGUCUAAAUUUUAUCUUGCAUUGUUUGUGUAUUAUAUAAAAUGAUUUAUAAAAUGCUUAAAAUU